AUGGAUACCUCGAAGUUUUCCAACUUCACCAUUGAUCAUAUUUUGCGGGAAACGGUUCAGCGUCCUACGGCGGUGGGUAAGAUUUGCCCUGCUCCCAAACCCAGAGAGGGGCCUCCAUUCUACUUUCACAAAAACGGAUAUUUUUGGCACGCCGACUUUAUGCCUGUUGUUCCCGGGCAGCAGAUGGGACUCUACGCCUGCCUAACCGAUCUAAGUAGGCUCACCUGCUGUGGAUCCAUCGGUUAUCAAGCGAACGUCAAUAAGUAUUACUUCCCAUGUCAACAGAGUGUCAGCGAUGAGUCAGGAUGGCAAACAGGGCAGAGCCGGAUCUCGCAAACAUCAGAGCCGAGGCAGCGGAGCAGAGUCAGAACUGUAUUUACAGAAAGUCAGAAAAAACGGCUUGAUCGUCUCUUCGCCUUGACUGACUACCCCAGCGUAGAGGCACGUGCAGAAUUAGCCAAGAGCACCGGUCUUAGUGAGGAGGCUGUAAGGGUCUGGUUCAAGAAUCGGCGAGCUCGACGGAAGAGACAGAAAGCCACAAAGAGCAAGAGCGCAGGCUCAUACCCUAGGGGGAUGCGCUCUCAAUAUUUGAUGGAAACCUGUUCGAAGGAUUUCUUAACAUCAAAAACAACUCCAUAA